UUUGGUGGAAUAACAGGUUCUGGUUGGAGUAGUGAUGGAAAAGGUUUCGUGUUCGAGAAACCAAUCACAUUGGUGGAAGGCCUUAAUAGCUUAUCUUUACUCAGUGCUACAGUUGGAUUAAAGAAUUAUGAUGCAUUUUUCGAAACGGUACCCAAUGGAAUAGUUGGUGGUCCGGUUAAGUUGAUUGGAAAGGGUAAUGUUAUUAAAGACCUAUCAUCCAGCAAAUGGUCCUACAAGAUUGGUUUGAACGGUGAGAAUGAGCAAUUCUAUGAUGAUAACCUGUCCCGUGACAAAAAAUGGAACCUAGAAGGACUUCCCUUGAAGAGUCCAAUGACAUGGUACAAGACAACCUUCAAGGCUCCUUUGGGUAGUGAUCCUGUGGUGGUAGAUUUGUUGGGUAUGGAUAAGGGACAUGCAUGGGUGAAUGGACACAGCAUUGGAAGAUUCUGGCCAACCAUGAUUUCCAAAGCCCCUCACGGUUAUCAAUGCUCUGAGACAUGUGAUUAUCGUGGAGAAUAUAAUGAUAAGAAAUGCAUGGCGGAUUGUGGCCUUCCUUCUCAAAGAUGGUACCAUGUCCCACGAUCAUUCUUGAAUAAUGGGGAUAACACAUUGAUCUUGUUCGAAGAAAUUGGUGGCGACCCCACACAAAUUAAUUUCCAGACAGUCAUAGUAGGAAAGGUAUGUGGGAAUGCAUAUGAGGGGAGCACCUUGGAACUCUCAUGCAAAGGUGGCCAAAUCUCUGCUAUUGAAUUUGCCAGCUUUGGAGAUCCGCAAGGCACAUGUGAAUCAUUCAAGAAAGGUAGCAACGAUGCUCCGAACACUCUGUCCGUGUUGCAGAAAGAAUGCUUAGGAAAGGCGUCUUGUUUGAUCAAUGUCUCAGGAGCAACCUUUGGAUUAAGCAGCUCCAACUUCCACACCCCUAAGAGGCUGGCAGUGCAAGCUGUUUGCUAGAGAUAUAUCUUUUAAGUCAUAUUUCUCUCACCCUCCUUUUCUGAGAACAAUGUUGGCCCCAUUUUUGUAGGCUAUGAGAAUGUAUUGAAAUGUUAUCAAAGUUUCCUUCAACUUUCUUGAGUCUUCUGCAUGGCAGUCCCCAAAACUUUCCUUUAAGAUGUUCCUUAUGUUGGUUGC